CAAACACCAUUCCUUCCCACCUGAGCCGGACUCUUCUCUCUCACGCACACAUUCUCUCAAACUCACGACGUCAACGUCCACUCCUUCCAUUCUUCAAUCUGUGCGAGUUCAUUCCUGUUGAACAGAAUCUCGCCUAACCUUCCUUUAACCUUCACACUACACCGCGUUGAGAUACCCUUUUGUCUCUCACAUCAAGAGACAUAUCACAGCUACAACCACGCCUUUGGUUGGAAUCAAGAACUCGAAAACAACAACAACAGAAAAAGGAACUAUCAAGAACUCACAAUGAAGUCCUUCACCAUCGCCUCUGCCCUCUUCGCCGCUGUGGCCGUUGCCCAGCCCCAUGGCAAGAUUCACGGCAUCCACCACCGCCGCCACCACCAGAACGCCGAGCGUGACGUUGUCGUCACCGAGGUCGAGUGGGUGACUGAGUACGAGUAUGUUACCAAGAUGGUCGACGCGACCACCACCGUCUGGAUCACCCCCGGCCAGGAGCAGGCCCAGCCCACGACCUCUGAAGCCGCCAAGUUCGUCGAGACCCAGGCCCCCUCGCAGCCUGCUCCCAAGAUCAAGAAGCCUGCUGAGAAGAAGCCUGCUCCUACCACCACUCUGGUCACCAGCGUCUACACUCCUCCCCCUCCUCCCCCCGAGCCUACCACCACCACCACCGAGGUCAAGGAGGUCCCUAAGCCCAAGGUUACCACCUAUGAGGCUCCUGAGCCUGUCACCACCCAGCAGUAUGUCCCUGAGCCCGAGCCCACCACUUCUGCUGCCCCUGCCCCUGCCGCUCCUUCCACCGGCAGUGACUCCGACGACGAGGAGGAGUCCAACAACGGCGGUAGCUCUGGUGGCAGCGGCGGCGGCAGCAGCGCCGCCAAGACUGGCGAGUUCACCUACUACGACAUCGGCAUGGGUGCUUGUGGCGAUGACGACUCCGGCAAGGACGAGUCUGAGAACAUUGUUGCCCUCUCUCACCUCCUGAUGGGCACCGUCUCCAACGGCAACCCCAUGUGCGGCAAGACCAUCACCAUCAAGGCCAACGGCAAGACUACCACCGCCGUCGUCAAGGACAAGUGCAUGGGCUGCGCCGUCAACGACAUCGAUGUCAGCAAGAAGUGCUUCAAGGAGAUCUCCGGCGAUCUCGAUGCUGGCCGCAUCGAGGUCGAGUGGUGGUUCAACUAAGCACCUUAACCACAAUGGAUGCUCUCCCAGGUCUGGGAAAGCAUGCAGUGCGCAACUUGUUUCAAUUAUGACCUCUUUUUUCACGACAUGGGAAUCUUGACACCCCUUGAAGGCGUCGGGGCGUAAAAGCAAAGGGACCUCGGGAGACGAGAUGAUGCAUGUGUAUAUUCAGCCUCUAUUCUAUCUCGAGGCCCUUUGACAGAUUCUGGAUUGGGGUGUUUCGGUUUCUUGGAGGGCGGGUUCACUAUGGUUCGCUUUCGUUGACUUCUUCUAUGUACAUAACACGUUUUUGAUUUUGGCAUGUGCAAGUUGGAUAGACAAAGAAAAGUCCCGAGAAUGAAUGGGACUAGAUUUCAACCA